AUGCUUCAUCAAUCUGGUGGCAUUUUGGCGACACUCGAUGAGAUGUCCCGACUUGAAGUUGAGGUCUCCGCGGCUAACUACGUCGGAUCGUCAACGUCGUUGCCGCUCCGAGCCUCACAUGCCGCAAGGAGCCGCCAACCGGGGACCAAUCUGAGUUGCACCUCCAUCCGCAAACCUUGCAUCGUCGCGGCUAUCGGCAACAAUGGAACGUUUCCGUAA